CAUCCGCAUACAAAGAAGAAGACGGCGACAAUGGCCGACAUAUCGCUGUAUCUCACCAACGUUAACGUGUCUAUAGGGCGGAACAUGGACGUGGGGCAGAGUCCGAGUCCAAGCCAGGCGAGGGACUUUGAGAGCGUGGAGCUGGGAGAGCUGGGCAAUAGAGAAGAAGAGGAGCAGCAGCAGCAGCAGCAGAAGGAGAAGGUUCCCCGUCGGAUCAUCCAUUUCUCCAGCGGUGAGACGAUGGAGGAGUACAGCACCGACGAGGAGGAGGGAGAGGACAAGGAGCCGGAGAGGAAAGACCUGCUGUCCUCCCCGGUCGAUGCGGUGAGGUCAAAGAUGACCUGGGGGCCUUACUUCUGGUUCCACAUGUGGAGAGCAGCCACGUCCACUAUCUCAGCGUGUGACUACCUUGGGGAGAGGAUGGCCUCCCUCUUUGGGAUAACAUCAGCCAAAUACCAAUACGCCAUUGAUGAAUACUACAGGAUGAAGAAAGAGCGGGAGGAAGAGAAAGAGGAAAACCGGCUGUCAGAAGAAGCCGAGCGAUCUUUUGACCAGCUACAAUCUCAGGAAGAGGAGGACGAGCCAGUCACAAUGACAGACCAGCCGGAGGUGGCAGCCGAGCACCCUGACGUGACCUAUCAGGUCGAGAACGAAAACCCGGCUGCUUCGAACACCAUCAGAGUCCCCGCUAUCGUCACGGCAACCUAACCAUCCCUAGUAACGGACGUUUGCGCUUUAAUGUCUGUCUCUGUGUUGAAGAAGGAACACUGUCUUGUCUCACCGAGCUGUUUGGUUUGUUUACGAAGUGGCUUUAGACGGGCGGCGCUGCUGUAUUGUGGUUGAAUGGCGAGGACAGCGGUGGUGCAACUGUGUAGCAGUCAUUCAGACACUGCUGGAUAAUGUGGGGUCAAGAUCUUUGAACAGCAACCGGUGUGUUAGGAGAGAGAAUGUGCAAAGUUAUCUUGGAAACUGCUCAUAUUGUUAGCUAUUUUAGAACAACAGCUGUCCAUUUACAUUAUCCAGCAUCUACUGCAGUAUCUCUUGUUACAGCCCAUCUGCUGCAGAAUGAGGGUUCAAUGUUGCUCCACUGUGCCUCUGAUGGACCGGAUACUGUGCCUAAAUCACCAAUACAGCCAAGUCAAUGCCAGAUCUGGACCAAGCGUCUAUUUGAACAUGACUUGAAGACAUCAAAUCGCCUUUAAUUCAGUGCUGCGCUGCAGGUAACAUGUUUCAAAUAUUUAACAGCUACAGUGCUGAAAAGAAGUAUCGGCCCCCUUCUCAAAUUCUUAAUUUUUUGAAUAUCUUCCCCACUUAAAUGUUUCAGAUCAUCAAACAAAUUUAAAUAUUAGACAACAAUAAUUCGCGUAAACACAAGAUGCAUUAAAAUGGGGAAAAUAUGCACAAAAAAAAAAAGGAAUUCGAGAAGGGGGCAAAUACUUUUUCACAGCACUGUACCUUGUGCAGAUCUGGUCACACUGAUGCAUCGUCCAUACACCUGGCUGCACCAAAGAGCUGGCCGUUUUAACACCACCUUACAUGUUGAUUUGUUGUCUGUGUUCCUGUAUUAAUGCAUAUUAAGCUAGCAUUGCACUUAAUGUCUGUGGAAGCACUGAACAGAUUUAGCCUUGGUUAUCAAAUCAUCAUCAAGACUGACCGACAAAAAAAAAAAAAAAAAACCUACGAAAGCGGGUUUAGGUGUUUCGGUGCUGCUCUUAUUAUCUGCCUUAUCUACUAUGAACAUAGCGGAUGUGGUGUGGAAGCCUUUAACAAUGGCAGGGAGCAUUGUGACACUAAGUCUGUAUAAAGACAUGCAAACUUACAUUUUUAACUGUUUUUAGUACAAUUUUUUAUAUUUAUUUAUUUUACUGAACCGACUGAGCACUUAAUUUAAGCGUUUUUCUAUUGUUUUAGUAAGUAACACUAAAAAAAAAACUGUUAAUAAAGUUAUUGUCUGACUUUUAAA